AUGGCGGCUCCGCUGGGUGGGAUGUUCACCGGGCAGCCGCCAGGGCCCUUGGCCCCCGCUCCGGGUCUGCCGGGCCAGGCUUCGCUUCUCCAGGCCGCGCCAGGGGCCCCGAGACCCGCCAGCAGCACCUUGGUGGAUGAGCUGGAGUCCUCUUUCGAGGCAUUUCUGAGGAGGUGGCUGUGCCUAGGGCCUUUUAACAUUUCAGUCUGUUCCCCUAUCCCCCUAGGUGUUGAUCAGUGUAUCCAGAAGUUUCUGGAUAUUGCAAGACAGACUGAAUGCUUUUUCCUGCAAAAGAGAUUGCAGUUAUCUGUCCAGAAACCAGAGCAAGUGAUCAAAGAGGACGUCUCGGAGCUGAGGAACGAGCUGCAGCGGAAGGAUGCCCUGGUGCAGAAGCACCUGACCAAGCUGCGCCACUGGCAGCAGGUGCUGGACGACAUCCACAUGCAGCACAGAAAGCCGGCUGACCUCCCGCAGGGCUCCCUGGCCUACCUGGAGCAGGCCUCCGCCAACAUCCCUGCGCCGCUGAAGCCCACCUGAGCGCAGGGCAGCCUGCCUGCCCACCCGUCUGCCACCAGUGGGCCUGAGGUUGGGGCCGGAUGGAGCAGGGGUAGGAGCUUGGACCCUGGGCCAGAGCUGGAGAUGGUUUUUGUUCCACCCCCUCCCCGCCCCCCGCCAGCCUUCCCCCCAAGUUGUGUAAGUUCUUAAUUUCUCACGUACUCUCUGGAGUGUCUAGUUUUGGGAAGCCAGGCAUAGGACUGUUAAGUGUGGUGCCAAUUAGACUUUGUCGGUUUUGA